AUGCUAACCAUUAUUCAACCAUCGGAUUAUAUCGGUUCAAUCAUUGCUUACAUUUCAUGGCAAAAUGAAACAACUAAACGUUUUGUGGAACGAUUUUCUGCGGACUACUCAGACGGAUAUCAUGACGAUAAAAUUCGUAAAAUUGAAAGAGCAUGGAACGAUAAUGAACGAUCUAUUGAACCAAUAUUUCUUGGUGGUGGUGCUCGACCACUUUUCUCGGAAACAGUAACUAAUCUUUCGGCUGUGUUGUCUGCUCAGUAUAACAAGUCUGAUCCAUUGUUUACCAAGUAUCGAAGUACGUUAUUUGAUUCGCUUUGUAAAUUAGUACGCAAUGAAGGUAGUAAAUACUGGAUAAAUUAUGAUUUGUUUCCCUUCACGACUAAUAAUAUAAUCGAACAAUGUUUAAAUUACUUCUAUUUUCAUGAUCGACAAAAUACAUUUUUUAUCAACAGUAGUGGGUGCGAUUAUAUACUUUAUGUUGAUUUAGCACGACACAUUUUUCUUAAUGAUAAAUUCAUUGGUUCACCAAUGACAAAUACCGAGGAUCAUAACACCACAUGGAUUUUGAAUAAACUUCAAGAGCAAUGUUCAAAUAUUUGCAACAGUACUAAUCAACCUCAUCCUCUUAUGCUCAUUUUACUCACAUCAAAAAAUCGUUUUGGAGCUUAUAUCGAUGUUGAUCGAAUUCAUCAAGUACUAAAUGAACGUUUUCCUGGCAAGAUUGUGACAUUGGUUGAUGCUUGUCAAGAUGCGCAUCCAUUUCAAAAUGUCGAUAUUAUUGUAUAUAGUAAACGUUUCUCAACAACGAGUGCUAUUGCUCUUGUCAGUCAAAGAUUAUUGAAAAAAUAUCCUGAACUUCGGACAAGAAUGGCACCCCGAACUAACUUCUCAAUUGAACUAUUAGCGCAGGUGAGGACUUACACGUUGAAACCAUACAAGAAAGCAAAAAAGGUUCAGCUGGGAUCACUAAGAACAAUUGACAACACAAGUGAUGGAGUAUUUAUAGAGCAGAAUUCAGUGAAUUAUAUUGCACUAUAUUUUCUAUAG